AUGCCACUCUCUCGUCGUGGUCCAAGUUUUGGUUUCUCUGGACCUGCACUAUUAGAAUGGCCACAUUCCUAUGGACCACCUGAUAAUGUCAUUUAUUCCAUGGAAUUAGAUUCACGUCUUUUUUCCUCGUAUUUUGUACUUGCCGAGUCAUUAGCAACAUUUUUAGGCUAUCGUAUUGCACAACAUUGUAUCCGUGGUUGUCCGGUGUAUUUCUUAUCACCAUCACAACGUAUGUGGAUUGGAUUUUUCUAUUGUUGGCUCAAGAUUCGAUUGAUUGACUAUGCCUUCCAUGGUACAGCGUAUUAUACAAUGUCGUUGUGUAUUAUUGUCGUGUACUUUGUGUAUGCAUUGCUUGCCUUUGGUUUCCAUUCUGGUCCGUUACAAUUUCUCUUUUUUGACUACAUGCCUAGAAGUAAAAUGACGCAGAGUUUACUUUACAAGCUAGCGCUAUUGUGCAAACAAGUAUCGAUUCGUAUUGAAUUCUACGUGCUGCAACAGCUUAUUUGCUGUCCACCAUUAGAGACACGUGAUCGAGAUGCAAUGACGUCGUCUCCGAUUACAACACAUCCAUUGGAACCUCUAGACACUGUAUCGUCACGACCAAGUACAAGUGGAAAAUCGCGGGUAACAUCAUUUUUUGGACGAAAGGUGGAUGUCAAUAUCAAACUUUGGAACAGCUCUAUGUGCCAGCAGUGGGCCAUCGCAUUGAGUUCUACUGCACGUUCUAAUGCUUCACGAGUUCGUGUCAAGUGUGCCGGCAUUAAUGCGUUUGAAGACAGCGUUUUUGAGUGCCGGUUCAUGUUUAUCAUGCAGCACGACGGCUUGUUGCUAGGCUUUUUCAUGACGACUCCGACGGCAACCCUUAUGGCAAAGUUCAGGGAUGGAAAGGUUGUGCCAUUUGAGUUACUACAGCGAUUCAACUGCAAUUCUCGCUCAGCGAUAGUAACUACUCAGCCACUGUUUUUAUAUGCGGAGAGUCCGAGAUUGGUGGGACGAGCAACACUGGCUCAAAAGAAUGCCGUUUACAAGCUACUGGUGCAGCUUAAUAGCGCUCAUGGUAACACGGCCGACGUGCCUCUUUGUGCACUCCGCGGCAAAAACUUUGUGGAUGCUGGCGUUGGCCAAGUGAUGAAGAAGAAGGCACGCAUCACGGGCUCGUUCAGCAAGUUGGAUCGAUACUAG